AUGCUGGAGCUGAGCCUGUCCUGGCUGGGACUUGGGCCGGUGGCAGCCUCCCCAUGGCUGCUGCCGUUGCUGGUCGGGGCCUCCUGGAUCCUGGCCCGCAUCCUGGCCUGGACCUACACCUUCUACAACAACUGUCGCCGCCUCCAAUGUUUCCCGCAGCCCCCAAAACUGAACUGGUUCUUUGCUCACCUGUACCUGGUCCCCCCGACAGAUCAGGGCUUGAGAAAAUCAACCCAGCUGGCAGCUAACUACCCCCGUGGAUAUAAGAUCUGGUUUGGCCCCAUCACUCCCGUGAUCGUUUUCUGCCACCCUGACAUGCUCCAGAGCAUCACCAAUGCCUCAGCUGCUAUCGCACGCAAGGACAUGGAGUUCUACAACGUUCUGAAGCCCUGGCUGGGGGAUGGGCUCCUGCUGAGUGCUGGUGACAAGUGGAGCAGGCACCGUCGCAUGCUGACACCCGCCUUCCACUUCAACAUCCUGAAGCCCUAUAUGAAGAUUUUCACCAAGAGCACAGACAUCAUGCACACCAAGUGGGAGUGCCUGGUCACAGAAGGCCACACCCAUCUGGACAUAUUUGGACACAUCAGCCUCAUGACCCUGGACAGUCUGCAGAAAUGUGUCUUCAGUUUUGACAGCAAUUGCCAGGAGAAGCCCAGUGAAUAUAUCGCCGCCAUCUUGGAGCUCAGUGCGCUUGUGGCAAAGCGGAACCAGCAGAUCUUACUGCCCAUGAACUUCCUGUACUACCUCACCCCGGAUGGGCGGCGCUUCCGCAGGGCCUGCCGCCUGGUGCACGACUUCACAGAUGCCGUCAUCCAGGAGCGGCGCCGCACCCUCCCCAGUGAGGGUAUUGAUGACUUCCUCAAGGCCAAGGCGAAGACCAAGACUUUGGACUUCAUCGAUGUGCUUCUGUUGACCCAGGAUGAAGAUGGGAAGGGAUUGUCAGACAAAGACAUCCGGGCUGAAGCUGACACCUUCAUGUUUGAGGGCUAUGAUACUACAGCCAGUGGCCUCUCCUGGGUCCUGUACAACCUUGCAAAGCACCCAGAAUAUCAGGAGCGCUGCCGGCAGGAGGUGCAAGAGCUCCUGAGGGACCGCAAGCCUAAAGAGAUUGAAUGGGACGACCUGACUCAGUUGCCCUUCCUGACCAUGUGCAUCAAGGAGAGUCUGCGGUUGCACCCCGUUAUCGCCUAUAUCUCCCGCCGCUGUACCCAGGACAUCAUGCUCCCAGAUGGCCGGGUCAUCCCCAAAGGUGUGAUCUGCCUCAUCAGUAUUUUUGCGACCCACCACAACCCAUCUGUGUGGCCAGAUCCUGAGGUCUAUGAUCCCUUCCGCUUUGACCCAGAAAACAUCAAAGGGAGGUCACCUCUGGCUUUUAUUCCCUUCUCAGCAGGUCCCAGGAACUGCAUUGGGCAGACGUUUGCCAUGACUGAGAUGAAGGUGGUCCUCGCUCUCACCCUGCUACGCUUCCGUUUUCUGCCUGACAAGGAGCCACGCAGGAAGCCGGAGCUGAUUAUGCGCCCGGAGGGUGGACUUUGGCUGCAGGUGGAGCCGCUGAGCACAGGCGCUCAGUGA